AUGUACGAAGGGAUUGACAACCUAAAAUCCCUUUACGACCGUGCCGGGAAGACUUUCUCCGGCGGUCCUUCUGCGGCACAGGAUGUGCCGCGUCGUACUACUCAAUCAGACCCAGUACGUCAACCACCAGUUGGGAGCGGGGCUCCCAAGUAUCCCAGGACGGAGGAUAGCCGCGCCACCGGACGAGAUAACUCGCCCGACGUCCGUUCACGUCGCGGUGUUUCAACAGCUGCUCAACUAGAUAGCGCUGGCCACCGCGAGCGUCCUCUGAUGGAGGUGGAGGAGGAGGGAAAACGAUCUCCAAACUAUCGUGGGGAUCCGUGUGUUCUCGAGAGCUUCUUUGAUCGCGUAACGCAAGGGUUACGCAACGAUCUCGAACAUGAGCGGGACAGGCGUCUCCAACUGGCGGACACUGUCUCGAGCAUCGAGCUGACUCGUGGGAUUGUUGAUCGGUCUCGGGAUGUGAUAACUGCUCUCCAGACCCUUGUCGAUGCCCAUCAUCGGGAGUACAAGGCUCUCUGCGAGAUGCUUGGACGCAAGGGCGUUCUUCAUCGGAAGAAGAAGCGUACUGAUGGUACGGCUUAA